UUCAUCAAAAGGCUCCCUCCAUGAAUGCAAAAUGGCUCUGCCUUUUCCAUUACAUUUCUUGCCUUCGGACCCCACAUACUGAACAGAUGAUAUUGAUCAUGGAAAAGGCGAAAAAUAUGAAUGAUUGGACACAGGAAUUGGAUUUUACCAGUUAAUCAAAUUUAACAAACUUCUGGGUGUUUCUGAAUCUCACUUCUUUGAGAAAAAAAUCUGCCUGACUUCCUCCAGUUCUGAUGAAUUCCCUUGAGUUUUGCUUUUUUCAGUGCUUGGUACUGUGGUAUGGCUUUAUAUCAAUUCAAGGCCAUAACCAGAUUUGAUAAAGUGGUGUAUGGGAAUUUUUGGAGUAAGCCUUUUGAUGAUUCUGAUGUGCUUUGAUUGCAAAGUGUUCAGAUUCCAUGAGAGGGGAAGAGAUUAGAAUCAGCAAGACCAUCUUCUCAGCAUAGUUGCAGGGCGUUCAUGGGAUCGCAAACUUUGGUAGCAUCACUAUGAUAGUGAGAUUCUCUCACUUUCAAGUGAAGUGAUGGUUCUUCAAUGGCGAAGAGGAGGAGCUGGUUCCAUAUAGUGAAGAGGUUCUUUAUUCCAGAGACACACCCAAAAACCGAAAAGGAAAAGAGAAGGAGAUGGCUGUUUGGGAGGCUGAAAAUCAAAAGAUUGGCCUCUAUAGAAGCUCCACCAUCACCAGUAAAGGAAAGAGUCCUGAGUGAAGCAGAGGAGGAACAGAGCAAGCAUGCCUUAACAGUGGCCAUUGCCACUGCUGCUGCUGCUGAAGCUGCUGUUGCAGCUGCCCGCGCUGCUGCUGAGGUUGUUAGGCUCACUACCACCCCACAAGCCACAGAAGAAUGUGACAAGAAAACCGAAGAAACCCCGCCUGUUGAAAUCCCAAUCAUUGCCACUCCUCUGCCUGAUCUCCAUCAUGAGAGCGAAGACCAAGUUCUAGCUGCCAUUAAAAUUCAAACCGCCUUUCGAGGUUAUCUUGCAAGGAAAGCUUUGAGAGCAUUGAAGGGGCUAGUGAGGCUGCAGGCAAUUGUACGAGGCAGAGCAGUUAGACGGCAAGCCAUUACUACUCUGAAGUGCUUGCAGUCCAUUGUGAAUAUCCAGUCACAAGUCUGUGCAAGGAGAUGUCAGAAGGCAGAAGAAUGUGUGAAUUGUGAUGACAUCAAACAGCUGCAGGAUCUGAAAGACAAGGUAAUUAAGAUGGACUCAAACAGCCAGAGAAGGUGGGAUGAUAGCCUUUUGUCAAAGGAAGAGGGAAAUGCCUUGUUCUUGAGCAAGAAAGAGGCUGUGAUGAAGAGAGAGCGGAUAAAGGAAUACACAUUUGGCCAAAGGGAGAGGAAAAGUAUCCAUAAACCAGCAGAAUCGGAGCAGAACAAGCUGAAUGGAAGAUGGAGGUACUGGUUGGAGAAAUGGGUGGACACCCAAGUGGCCAAAAGGGAAGAACUCCCAAGUCUGGACACAGUUUGGUCUUCAAAUGCAAGAAGCAGAGAGGAAUUUCCAGGAAAACAACAUACACCCAGAAACAAUCAGAGACAGUACCACAUUGAAGGACUGGGUUCACCAGUAUUAGUCCCAAGGAGAUCAUUUCAUCACAGAAAAGAGCGGUCCAUCGGAGACGAAAACUCAUUCUCAAGCCCUCCUAUCCCAACCUACAUGGCUGCCACUGAAUCUGCCAAAGCCAAGGUAAGAUCAGUGAGCUCACCAAAGCUAAGGCCAGGGAGCUUAGACACUUUCUCUGAUAGCAAUUCACCACACAAGAAUAGGCUCUCCCUCAUAUCUUCCAUCAGCAGUGAAGCAACAAAUUGUAGUAGGAUCAGUAAACCAGGCAUGCCUCAGCAGAGGUCUCCAAGCUUAAGAGGUCCUGGCCCUAUAAAAUCAAGCAGAUCCACUAAGGAACUCAGCUUUGAUUCUGAAUGCUCAUUGCUGAACUGGGAUCGACGCCUCUAGAUUAUUUAAUUCCCCGGUUGUCUGCAGCAAGAAAUUCUAUUGGGUGUGUUUGUUUGGAUUGCAUAAUUCUAUUGAUACAAUAAAUUUGAAUGGAAAAAAAAAUAAAAAUUGACAAGAUAUGUUUUUCCCAUCA